AUGACUUCGCCAUUCCCGCUGCUGUCGUUUCCCGAAGAGAUUAUCGAGAACAUUUGCUGGCAACUACUUGGACACCCGAACUUCCGUUCGUUCCAGAGGCCUUACGACCCGAAGUCUGUGUCUCAUCUCUGCCGGGCAUCAAAAACUCUCCAUCGCAUCGGCACACCAGUACUUUACGCCUAUUUCGAAGCCUACGAGCGUUUAAAGAGACUAGCAGAUUUCCUUCGGACCAUCAUCCACCGCCCCGAACUUGGCGCGCUGGUGCAGGAGAUAAACUUCAAUACCUUUUACUGGUGUGAACUCGAGAAAAGUCAUACCGAUGCCUUUGAGAGUGCGGCAGCAAGGCUGGGUGUCAGUCUCGAUGGCUGGAUGGAAAAUAACCAGUUCGAGGCCAUAGUACAGCUUACCAUCGCCCAUACACCGAAUGUGAGGUCCAUCGAGGUCGUUGCGCAUGAAGUUUACUGCGAUGAUGGUGUUGGAUCUUUCACAUUGCUUGAGAAAAUGGCUGCUCAGGUUCCAAGACAAGUCUCGUUGCCGCGACUGCGUCGACUCUACGUGGGCCAUGACGACUGCCGGAGGAUUUCUCUUGGAUACUUUGGAGGCAUUCUUGAGCUUGCACCCAAUGUCCGUGAGAUUAUUGGAGAUCCAAUCUAUGGUGCAUACUGCGACGAGCCGAAUGUGAAUAACCGCAUGAUUCUCGACAAUGUCACCAGCUUACAGCUCAAGGGUGGUCACAUAACCAGGCAUCAGCUACAAGAGAUGGUCUCCCGUUGUCGAGCUCUGGAGCAUUUUACUUACAAGUAUCACUCCAUAUAUGCUGGCCUUGAAAUAUGUGUGACUCCGAGAGAGGUCAUCGAGGCGCUGAGGCAGUGCAACCACAACAAUACCCUCCGUUCCAUCCGCGUUGAUAUGGGAUAUCGAGAAAGGCGGUCUCCUGACGACCUGAGCUUUACAGGUAAAUGCGAUGAUGGCGAACAAAUCCUAUCCCUCAAAGAUUUCUCGCGACUCGAGACUUUUUACGUUGACGGCACUUCGGUCCUAUUUCCAACUGUCGAAACGCCUGGCUAUAGCACCGAUAUUCUUACCAAAAUGUUGCCUGGCUCUAUACGUCGCUUUCAACUCACUCAUGCGGCAGUAGAAUCUGCCGCAAAUCUGAUAUCUUUGGCACAGUCGAUUGCGGAUUUUCCACUCCUUGAAGAGGUAUCUCUGACUGGCAACAGCGCCGAAGGGCCCUUGGGUGAUAAGGAGGUGGAGUUUGAUGAAUCAGAGAUCACUGUGCUGCGUAAUACUCUGGAAGAUAAUGGAGCCAGCGAUGGCCUCGAAGAAUGUUGCCGUAACCUUGGGAUGAUUCAAAGGGGAAACCUCAAUAAUGGGCAAAUGGAGCCGCAGUACAACUGCCAAACAGCUCUGACAGACAAACACAAGUCGAAACAAGCUGUCAAACCGACAAUAAAAAUGCCCUACAACGCACACUUUGAGAGACAAAUUGAGAGCUAUCGGAGGGCCCGGCGUCUUCUCGUCGCCCGCAACAUCAACUUCAGAUGCACUCCAGCCGCAUUUGAGGCCAACGUUCGGGCUAGGCUCACGAAGCCCGACUCUGUCACCUUCUUCUGGCCUCCGCGUGAGAUCCGAUACAUGCGCAGCCGGAACCGCCACACAGGCUUUGUGAUGCUUGGGUUCGAAAACCGGCCCGAUGCCGGGUUGGCCGAGGAAGAGCUCCAGAACUUGGUUCUCAACGGCCGUUCCGUCACAGUUUCUCGAGCAAGCAGGGAAGCUUUCCUCCCAGAGGCCAUGCAAGCAGCAGCAACUCCAACUACCACUGUCUCUACCUCCGGCGCCGCGACAACUCCUGCCACCACCACCACCGCUCCCGCUCCCGCUACUGCCCCUGCUACAGCUCCUCCAGCCGCUACAAAUCGCAAUCCCUCUGAUUCUACCGAAGAGACUCGCCAGCAUUGGUGGUGA